GGGGAAGCUUCAGUAUUGGUAAUGUUCUAUGCUCCAUGGUGUGGACAUUGCAAGCGCAUGAAACCUGAAUAUACUGCAGCUGCAACAGUACUUAAAGAGAAAGGGAUUCCAGGCAAGUUAGCAGCUGUGGAUGCCACAAAGGAGACAAAACUGGGUGCAGAAUUCUCCGUCAAGGGGUACCCAACGAUCAAGUACUUCAAGGACGGGGAAUUUGCUUUCGACGUUUCAUCUGCACGAGAAAAGGACAAGAUCAUUGAGUUCAUGUCAGAUCCAAAGGAGCCUCCUCCCCCACCUCCCCCAGAGAAGCCCUGGUCGGAAGUGGAGUCCUCUGUCAUCCACCUCACGGAUGAGAAUUUCAAACCUUUCCUCAAGAAGAAGAAACAUGUUCUAGUCAUGUUUUAUGCACCUUGGUGUGGCCACUGCAAAAAAGCCAAGCCAGAGUUCACAGCAGCAGCAGACAAGUUUGUUGAUGAUCCCAAAGUGGAAUUUGCUGCUGUGGACUGCACUGCACAUCAGACCCUUUGUGGUGUCAAUGAUGUCAGUGGCUAUCCAACUUUUAAAUACUUUAAUUAUUACAAGAAUACUAAACCUUACAAUGGGGGACGGACGGAGAUUGACUUCGUGAAAUUCAUGGAGGAUCCUGAGAACCCUCUGAGUGGGUCUCCUCCCCCGCCCCCCUCUCCGCAGGAGGAAUGGGCGUCUGUGGAGGGUUCGGAGCUGCUGCACCACUUGACGGAGGCCACUUUUGAUGCUUUCAUCAAGGACAAGGAGGCGCUGGUUAUGUUCUAUGCCCCAUGGUGUGGCCACUGCAAGGCCAUGAAGGGUGACUAUGGCCAGGCAGCGGUGGAACUCGCAGCUGAAGGCCAGAAUGGAGUCCUAGCCACUGUGGAUGCUACAGUGGAGCGCAGCCUCGCAUCCCGCUUCCAGAUCCGUGGCUUCCCGACGCUCAAGUUCUUUAGAAGGGGCCAGCUUGUCACGGAGUACAAUCGUAGUCGCAAAGCCGCUGAUAUUAUUGAUUUCAUGAGGCAUCCUCCUUUAGAUGGGAAGGAUGAACUGUAGAUAUUAGAAGAAAUAUGAUGAAUGUGCUUUUAUAUGGAUGUGAACUAUCAGUGCUGUGUACCUUUUUUUCCCAACUUCCCCUUAUUAAUUGUUUUAUUUACUUUUUUUUUUUUUCCAAUUUUGAGACUAGUUCAAAGGUUUGUGAUGUAAAAAUCGAUAGGAACCAAACCUUAGGGAGGAUAUCACUUCAAUUCAUUUGUCAUCACAUCUGAGAGUAUAUAUUGUUUUUCCUUGUAAUUUAGUCAAGAUCCCCACCAGUUGAAAGUUUUGAUGGUUCAAACAUGAGUGCGAGUGUAAGGUGGAUGAUGGUAUGUUUGUUUCUCUGUACAUAUAAUAUAUAAAACAAAUUGUUCCCACCUCAGAACUUCUCUGAAGGUGAAGGUAUUUACCAUAAUAAAAUAACAAACAACUUCAAACUUCAGUAACAGAGAAACAAUGUCAUGUGAACACACAUUUGUCAUUAGUAACAAG